AUAACUGUCACUUGUCCUUAAAAACAUUCCCUUUAAAAAUUAGCAAAUAUCAACAAAAGUAGUGAUUUACCGAAAUUAAUAAUUGCUCUAGGCUAAAAUACUCAAAGAAAUCAAUAAAACCCAAUUAAAAUGGUUAUCGCAAACUGUUUUAGAUACCCGGAAUCUAACAUCAAGUUCGAGCAGAGGAAUAUUAGGGCAGUAUUAGAUAAAAAAGAUCUGGGGUUAGGGACCCUAUUUGUUAGUGAGAGGACACUGUGUUGGCAAGAGAAAGACAAUGCAGGCUUCUCUGUAGAGUAUCAAGACAUCUCACUACAUGCCAUUUCGAAAGAUGAAAAUGUCUAUCCUAAAGAGUGUAUCUACUUGAUGUUAGAUGGUAAACUUACAAUGCCUGGAGAUGCAUCUCAAAAUUUAAACCACAAUGAUGAAGAUGAUGAUAGUGAUGCCGAAUCAGAACAUGAAGUAACUGAAUUGAUUUUGGUUCCUAGUGAUGAAAAUGAGACUGCUGUCUCCAGUAUUUAUGAUGCGAUCAAAGUUUGUCAGGAAUUGAAUCCAGAUCCAGAAGAUAUGGAUGAGGAUGAUGAUAAUUUGUAUGCAGAUGCAGAAGAUGAGUUGGAAGAAGAGGGCCAUUAUGUUAUCCAAAAUAGAGGGGCUGGAGAUGCUGAUAUUGAUGAUAUAUCCAGAAGAAUCGAAGAAAAUUCUUUUGGAAAUGGAGAUUACCUAGAAAAUGGUAAUGAAGAUGAUGAGUUUCAAGAUGCUGACUAAGCAUACAAUGUACUGAAUUUUCUAUAUUAUAUUUGAGUUUUUAUUGAAUAAUGCUAGAAGUUAUUGCAACUUUUAGAUAUAGAAAUGCUUGUUUUGUCUUAAAUUGUUUUGUAUGUUACGAAUAUAAUAGUCCUAAUGAUAAAUAUUCCAAUAAAUUAGCUGCUUUUUUAUAAGUUAUUUUUUUGAAUAAAGUUUUCUUUUGGUAA